GUCUCUAAUGCGUGAUAAUUCUAUUCAGUCGAAUCAUGUCAGUUUUCCAUAUUCUUUUCACCUUGUAGCUGAGCUAUUUUGAAGUUUUUCCGACGACAUUUUGCCAUUAGUCCAUCGCGAGUUCCUCGAUUUCCAUGGGCGUCAGGGAUGCCCGGCUGUGCUGUGGCCAAAGUGUUCACAAUCAUAGAAGCAUUCCGCGAUUACAACAGUAUUUUUUCCCCUAUUGGUGCACACCUUAUGAGCGUGUAUGGACACUGCAAUGAGCUUUAUAUGGCUUCGCUCAUGCCAACUAGUCCAGGUUACCGGACUGGUCCUCGCGAGGGGGAAAUUCAGCAUUGAAUCUCAGAAUUGCAACUUAUUGGGCUACAAUACUGCCAAUGUGGGAGUUUUGGCUAUUCAAAGUAUCGGCAAUGGGGGUAGCUACGACGGACAUUAUCUAGCUCAAUGUU